AUGAAGAGAGUUGAGAUAGUUGAUCGUCUGAGUUCUCUUAUGAGCUUUUCGUCCUCUUCACUUGACAAUGGAGAAGUUGUAUAUUCUCCGAGCUACUCGUCAUUUGGUGAUCAAGCUGAUCAAGCUAGUUUGCCAGCGCAGCAGAUGAGCCUGAUGAAACCAUCAGCUACAGUUAGACCUUAUCUUCGUUCGAAAAUGCCUCGGCUUCGUUGGUCGUCUGAUCUUCACCGCUGUUUUGUGCAUGCAGUUGAAAGGCUUGGAGGAGAAGACAGAGCUACUCCAAAGUUGAUUCUGCAGAUCAUGAAUGUGAAGGGCCUUACCAUAUCUCAUGUAAAAAGUCAUCUUCAGAUGUGCAGGAGCAUGAAGCAUGAAAAACGCAUACAAGAAGCGGCUAUAGCAGCAAAGAGGAAUGAUAAGGCAAAGCUCCCCGACACAAGCAAUUCAUACUUGCUACAUCCAACCAAGAGUAUUGCUACUCUCCCUUGUUGCCAAAGGAGCAAUUGGAUGAUGAGAAACAUGUACAACAGUGCACCCUACCAUAGCAAUAGAAGCUUUUACUGCAUUGAAGGAAUUGAUCACAAUAAUACCAGCACUGUGGCAAAAUGGAACAAUGAGAAUUGCAAACAGAAUUCUUACUUCAUAUUCACAGAUCUAGUCAAAAGAGGCAGUGAUAAUGCUCAAGAGAGCAAUGAUCAAGUGAAAGCACUGUCAUUAGUCAAUGCUGGUUGCCAUAGCACUCAUAAUAAACUGGAAGAUUUAGCAACAGGAGCCCAUAUUGAUGCCGCAAUGUCUCCAUCACUCAAAUCAUCACCAAAAGCUUAUUAUUCUCAGCAGUUCAGGCUAAGGGACGCUGCGAAUUCAGUUGUGGAUGAUGUCUCUCUUGAACUUAGUCUUAGUUAA